GAGAGAGAGAGAGAGAGAGAGAGCCAUAGAAGAAUAAAUGGGCACCAACAACAAUCGUUCAAAAUUUUUAAGUCCCAACAAAAGACGUUAAUUAAAGAAACCAAAGGAAUACAGGAGGAGAAAGAGAAAGAAAGAGGUCAGAGAGUGAAGAGACAUGGCAAGGUUGAUGGUGGUUCAGCAACAACACAAGACUCCUCUCUCUCUCCUCCCUUCUUCUCUCUCUGACUUCAAUGGCACCAAACUCCACGCCCAAGUCCAGUUCAAGAAAAGGGACUCUCAGCCAAAAGGAGCAUUGCAAGUUACAGCAUCAAGUACAAAGAAGAUUCUUAUAAUGGGUGGCACUCGGUUCAUUGGUGUAUUUUUGUCAAGACUCCUUGUCAAAGAGGGUCAUCAGGUGACUUUGUUCACUAGAGGAAAAGCACCCAUCAGCCAACAAUUGCCCGGUGAAUCAGAUGCGGAUUACACUGAUUUUUCUUCCAAGAUCUUGCAUUUGAAAGGAGACAGGAAGGACUCUGAUGUUGUGAAAUCUGGCCUCUCAGCUGAAGGCUUUGAUGUAGUCUAUGACAUAAAUGGACGAGAGGCUGAUGAAGUUGCACCGAUAUUGGAUGCGCUACCGAACCUUGAACAGUACAUAUACUGCUCUUCAGCUGGAGUAUAUCUCAAAUCUGAUUUAUUGCCUCACUUUGAGACGGAUGCCGUUGAUCCAAAGAGCAGGCACAAGGGAAAGCUUGAAACUGAGAGCUUGCUAGCAUUGCGAGGAGUUAACUGGACUUCCUUAAGGCCAGUCUACAUCUAUGGACCCUUGAAUUACAAUCCUGUUGAAGAGUGGUUCUUCCACCGAUUGAAAGCCGGUCGCCCUAUUCCGAUACCCAACUCAGGAAUCCAAAUAACACAACUUGGUCACGUCAAGGACUUGGCUAGAGCUUUUGUUCAGGUUCUUGGAAACGAAAAGGCCAGCAAGCAAGUGUUCAACAUCUCUGGAGAGAAAUAUGUCACCUUUGAUGGACUAGCAAGAGCAUGUGCAAAGGCUGGUGGAUUUCCUGAACCUGAGAUCAUUCACUACAACCCCAAGGAGUUUGACUUUGGCAAAAAGAAGGCAUUCCCAUUCCGUGAUCAGCAUUUCUUUGCCUCGGUUGAAAAGGCAAAGAGUGUUCUUGGGUUCAAGCCUGAAUUUGACUUGGUGGAAGGUCUUGCUGACUCCUACAUCCUGGACUUUGGCAGAGGAACAUACAGGAAAGAGGCUGAUUUCUCCACAGACGACAUUAUUCUUGGAAAGAGUCUUGUUCUUCAGAGCUAAACCCUCUUAUCAGCUCUGCUUUAGUUGAUUCAUGUUCUAGUUUUUUUGAUGAAAUUGUCCACAUAAUAAAUCACGCCAAACCUAUAUUAGAAGAGAAAUAUUUCCGCAGGGUAGGUAGUUUACUACGUUUGUUUACCUUAUAAAAAUAUGCUUUCCUUAUUAAAGCUAUGUUAUAAACUAGUCAAAAAGUAGUUACAAAGUAGGACAAAUUACAUUUAUUCACCUGAACUAU